AUGGGACGUAUGUCUGAUCGACAGCCCUCUGUGAUACCCUUUCAGCUCGUCCCUGGUGACCGCCUUAACAUUGCCCUUGGAUGUGCUAUCUACCUCGCUUUAACUGGCAGUAGUGAGGUUAUCAACAACAAGUUCCUUCGAAAGAACCUCCAAGCUUAUACAUCUUGGAAUUGGGUUCUGAUAGUAUCGAGAAUACUACUAAGGCAAGAGCAAUGGGAUCCUUUUCUGCUAUCGAAUAGCUUCGGUGUGUGUAUGGCCUUCCGCACUGCUGGAGCUAGAGGCUUGACGGAAAUGAUGAGGCAAAAGAUGGCUCUUAGAGGCGUUAAGUUGACCAAACUCCAAUUCGCGGCUAUGGACCACUGGGUCCAUACAGUGCCCGUAGUAUUGAUGAUGUUCCUAGUCAUUAGAUCAGGUCGUAGACCUCUUAUGACCAAUGGUAUAGUAGGCAUCAUGGCACAGAUGUUUUUCGCCUACUCCCAAGCUGGCACAUUGAAUGUCGCUGAGCUAUACAUGCCUCACCCUGCCAAAAGGGCCUGGCUGGCUAGUCUGUUGGGGCAGCUCUUGGGGCCUCUGCUCGCCACAGCUAUCGUUGACAAGAAAUGGAAAAAGGCUGGUGCAAUUUUUUUGAUUAUUUUACUUCCCUGGCUCAGCGCCUCGUUGGAUCCUAAAGUGAAAAAGAAAUACUAUAACCCGCUUAUGGCACACAUAGCCAAAGUAAAGGAGGAUAUGCAGGAAAAAGAACGUCGUCGUAGUGCAAGGAAUGCUAUGGCUCUUGGGUUCUCCCUGUUGGGGCCAGGCUCGAAGGGCUAUUCACCAGCCGGCAGUGAUGGGAGUGCUUCCUCUUCUGAUAGUGAGGAUCAUGAGGAUGCGGUCACGGCGGCAUCUAAGAGGGUAGCUAGUGUACCACAGGGUCUACUACGGAGUAGCAUGAGGAGGUGAUCAGCCAUUAAAGAGUCGUUGGCAUGAUAUUGUAUUUGAAGUUUCUUAUGGGCA